GCAUCACAAAAAGGGAACAUUCAGCCAUUACACUGCGAUGAGGUGUGCCGGAGACUUUGCAUAGAUUAUCAAGCAAUCAAGAAGCAACUAAAAAUAUCUGGAGUUGCUGAGCACACCUUUGCGCAUAGGUGUCUGGGUGUGGGUGGCUGGAUUCUUUGGGUUCUGUACUGUUCUGGGGGUGUAGCUAUAGGUUAUUUUCUAUUUCUUUGGGUGUAAUUAGAGUAGUUUCUUUUUGUAUUUACCCUGAAAAUGACGGCUCAGGUAGACUACCUGGCGGUGUUGUUCACGACCACAUCUGGCGCGAGCGGAGACCUCUUGGGUUCGGACGAGACGGAGCUCGAGCAGUUGGUGUGGCAGCUCGUGGACCUGAAGAACAAAAAGUUGGGAAAGGUGAAUGAGGUGUUAAUAAGGCCUGAGCACUCAGAUCUUACAGAAGAUUGUCUGGGGGAGAGAGAGGACAGCGAGGAGUCUGUCUCUACAGUCACAGGCUUGGAGAACGCGCUAAACCAGUUUCAUCUGAGAUUGACCAAUGAGGUGAACAGCUUAGGCGCGGGCACGUCAGUGUGUGUGUGUACGGACGGGCAGCUCCACAUUCGCCAGGUUCUCCACCCCGAAGCUGCGGGCAAGAACCUGGCACUGCCAGAAUGUUUCAACUCCUUUUUUGACCUGAGGAAAGAGUUCAGGAAGCACUUCCCAUCUGCAGACACCAAGAGCCUGGAGGUGCAGUACAUGGCAGAAUCUCUCAGUGUAACUGUGGAGCCAGUAGCCAUAUUGGAGCCGCCAACCGUACUGGAUCCAACGGCUGUGUUGGAUCCGACGGCCAUGUUGUCACCGGUCACAGCAGCACUGCAGGUCCAGACCAUGGCCAACAUCGUUCUAGCCCUGCUAUUGGAACCCUUAUGUCACACAUUCUCAAAUCCAGAGAGAGUCACUGAGAAGUUUGAAAGUGGCACUUGCAGUAAGAUGGAGCGUGUGAGUGACAACACAGUGAUCAGAGCGAGGGGGUUGCCGUGGCAGUCAUCUGACCAGGACAUCGCUCGCUUCUUCAGAGGACUCAACAUUGCCAAAGGUGGUGCUGCGUUGUGUCUGAACGCCCAGGGUCGGAGGAACGGAGAGGCUAUGGUCCGCUUCAUCAGUGAAGAGCACAGAGACAUGGCCCUGCAGAGACACAAACACCACAUGGGCAACAGAUACAUAGAGGUGUACAAGGCAACAGGAGAAGACUUCCUUAAGAUAGCAGGCGGUACCUCCAGUGAGGUGGCGUUGUUUCUGUCUCGAGAGGACCAGGUGAUUAUCAGGAUGAGAGGUCUUCCCUUCACCGCCACACCUGACCAGGUGCUGGCCUUCUUCUCCCAAGGGGAGGGGCCUAAAGAGGCGUGUCCUGUCAGUGGUGACAAGGAUGGCAUCCUAUUUGUGCGUUUCCCUGAUGGAAGGCCGACAGGCGACGCGUUUGUCCUAUUCGCCAGUGAGGAGCAUGCUCAGUGCGCUCUCAGGAAGCACAAAGACAUCCUGGGAAAGAGAUACAUUGAGCUGUUCAAGAGCACCGCCGCUGAGGUGCAACAGGUGUUGAACAGGUACACGUCAGCCCCUCUGAUCCCCGUGGCUCCAGCCCCCCUGGUGUCAAUGUUGCCCUCUGUGUCUCUGUUGCCCUCUCCUGGUGGUGUGAGGGACUGCCUCAGGCUGAGGGGGCUGCCCUACACCGCCACCAUAGAGGACAUACUGGCCUUCCUAGGAGAAUACACACACGACAUCAGACCACACGGAGUACACAUGGUGGUCAACCAACAGGGUCGUCCGUCAGGGGACUGUUUCAUCCAGAUGCGUUCAGCAGAGCGGGCUUUCUCUGCCUCCCAGCGGGUCCACAAGCAGGUGAUGUGUGGUCCGGGCCAGGCUGGCAAGCGAGGGGUUAACAGCCGCUAUGUGGAGGUGUUCCCCUGUAGCGCUGAAGAGAUGGGUCUGGUGUUGAUGGGAGGCUCCCUCUCACACACACACAUUCACACACACACCCGGACCAGGAGUGGGACAGGGCUCAGCCCGCCGCCAUGUAAGUCCAGACGUCUGUCUCCUCCCUCCUACUCCUUCCCACCCAUCCCUUCCAUCAUGCCGGCUGAGGCUGCCGGCCUCUUCCCUCCCAUUGGGCAGGUGCUGCUGAGUCCCCGCCCCCUAGGACCUGGACACGCCUACUACCCAGCUAGCACUCAGCUCUACAUGAACUACACUGCAUACUAUCCCAGUCCCCCAGGUUCUCCCAACACUAUAGGUUACUACCCCUCCCCCACCCCUCUGCCCUCCCCUGGGGGAGUGGUCCGUAUGCAUGGCCUUGCCUAUAAAGAACUGCUCAACACCAUUCAGGGAUACCAGAGUCCUAUGGAGGCAUUGCCUGUACUGAGCAGUAUGAUUGGUCAGUCCAGCAGCGGUGAUGCUCUGAUGCCCUUCCCCCCUCUCCUGACCAAGCAGGGAGGGCACUACCUGGACCUAAACAUGCUGUAGAAGGCUCAAAGAUCCACACACUGACACUCACUACCCACACACUAUACCAGGGGUGUCAAACUCAUUUUACCCCAAGGGCCACAUUGGGGUUUCACCCAGGUCUGGAGGGCCACAUUGGGGUUUCACCCAGAUCUGGAGGGCCACAUUGGGGUUUCACCCAGAUCUGGAGGGCCACAUUGGGGUUUCACCCAGAUUUGGAGGGCCACAUUGGGGUUUCACCCAGAUCUGGAGGGCCACAGUGAAAAGUGGUUAUAUUUCCUUUUUUAAAUAUAAGACAUGGCUCUAUAUUAAACUGUGCCGAAGGUUUGACACUCCUUCACCAUAAUAUCACACAACACACACAUGCACCCCCCCCCACCCCCCAAAGGACAUGUGGGGAAUGUCCUGGCCUCCAGCUCUGAUGUGUGUUCCCUGUCUGAGUUUUGUGGUAUAUACAGUGUAUAUGCAUGAGAGCAGAAAUGUAUUUUAUAUCAGAGCUUUGCCUCAGCCAAACAGCAGCUCUGUCUUAUAUUGCACAUAGUAUUUUUAAAAGCUUUCUAGAGAGACGUUCUAAGAUGUUACAACCACUUCAGGAGACGUCUGUUAGAAGUAGAGCUGCGUUUAGUACUAAUUAUUCAUCGGAACCUUUCUUCAUGACUUGCAUGCAUUUGUGUAUGUGUGUAAGUGCUUGUGAAUGCGUGUGUGUGUGUAUAAGUGUGUGGAUGUGUGCGUAAGUGCGUGUGAGAGAGAGAGAGGAAUGUGCAUAGUGCACUACUCUCUCUAGAUACUGUAUGUAUAUAUUUUAUACUGUCUGUCUGAAAACGUUAUAUUACAUUUUAUUUCUUUAUACUUUCUAUAGUUGUACAAUCCAAUACUAGAACAUUGUAUUAGGAAGCCUCCUGCAUGAAGAAGUUAGUAGUGCUAAGCUACACUCAGAUGUUUACAUGUUAUGGAAAAUAUAAAGCACUGCUAACCAAUCAGAUUACUAUACAGAUUAUACUGUAUAUCAACAGCAUAGUGUCUGACAUAAAAGUCAAAUGCUGAAUCACUCCCACACCCCACCCAUCUAACCUGUUUAUGUUUGCCUAGUUCCACUCCACCCUUGCCUUUUGUAUGUGAUGCCAAGCUGAGCCCAGAGCCAGGAGAUUACUAUUCCUGUUGCCGGUGGUGUAAAGUACUUAAGUAAAAAUACUUUCAAAUACUACUUAAGUCGUUUUUGCGGGGUAUCUGUACUUUACUAUUUAUAUUUUUGACAACUUUUACUUCUACUCCACUACGUUCAUAAAUAAAAGUAUGUGCUUUUUACUCCUUUACUCCAUACAUUUUCCCUGACACCCAAAAGUACAAGUUACAUUUGGAAUGCUCAGGCAGGAGAGUAAUAUGGUCCAAUUCACACACCUAUCAAUAUAACACGUUGUAAUCCCUACUGCCUCUGAUCUGGCAGACUCAAGAAAAGAAAAUACUGCGUUUGUAAAUAAAUGUACUUUUUUUACAA